GCUCUUUCUCCACUUACGACCCACCAUGUCUCUUUCCAAGCACGUCAACCCUGAUCACCUCAUCAAACUGUCUCAGGACAAAAAACACGUCUCCCACUACAACAAACUCACUCAGCUGAGCGGGAACACGAUCACAAACGCGUACGGGGCGCGUUAUGGGACCAAUCCCAUCCCUAAAUACCACUUGGCGUCCAAGGGAACUGAUCCCGAAUCUGCUGCUCAAGUCAUUCGCGACGAACUGGCUCUCGAUGGAUCACCCGUCUUGAAUCUCGCCUCUUUCGUUCACACUUGGAUGCCUCCAGCUGCCGAUAAGCUCAUGCUGGAAAACAUGUCUAAAAACUUGAUCGACACCGACGAAUACCCUGCGACGCAAAUCAUUCACAAUCGUUGUAUCUCGAUCUUGGCUAAUCUGUGGAACGCUCCGUCCUCUCACAAUGCGAUCGGAACCGCAACUACGGGUUCUUCGGAAGCUAUCCAACUUGGCGGACUCGCAAUGAAGCGUAUCUGGCAAGAGAAGCGGAAAGCUGCUGGAAAGAGCAUCCACGAACCAGGCCCCAAUAUCGUCAUGGGUGCCAAUGCCCAGGUUGCUCUGGAAAAGAUGGCUCGGUACUUUGAUGUCGAAUGCAGACUGAUUCCGGUUUCGGAGGAAUCCCAUUACCGACUCGAUCCUAAGAAAGCGAUGGAAUAUGUGGAUGAAAAUACCAUCGGUGUCUUUGUCAUCCUGGGAAGCACUUACACCGGUCACUAUGAGCCUGUGAAAGAGAUGGCUACGUUGCUGGACGAAUAUGAGUCAAAGACCGGCGUCUCUGUGCCUAUCCACGUCGAUGGUGCAUCCGGUGGUUUUGUUGCUCCAUUUGCUACGCCAGGACUCGAAUGGGAUUUCAAAAUCCCUCGUGUUGUGAGCAUCAACACUUCUGGCCACAAAUUCGGUCUGGCCUAUGUCGGCGUCGGUUGGGUCAUCUGGCGGGACAAAGCGCAUCUUCCUAAGGACCUGAUCUUUGAACUUCACUACCUGGGCAGUGUUGAAUAUUCUUUCUCUCUGAAUUUCUCGCGUCCUGCCGCACCAAUCAUUGCGCAGUACUUCAACUUCGUUUCACUUGGGUUUGAAGGUUAUCGCAACGUCGCUCUUGCAGAUCUCAAGAACGCUCGACUCCUGAGCCGGGCCCUGGAAAACAGCAAUUACUACAAGGUGCUCAGCGAUAUUCAUCGGCCAAACCCUGAGCGAUCCGUGGGAUCCGCCGUCAAAGCCGCUUUAGAUGAAACCAACGUCGAGUCCUACAUGCCAGGUCUUCCGGUGGUAGCGUUCCGAUUUUCAGAUCAGCUGAAGCAGCAACAUCCUGAGCUCCAGCAAAAGUGGAUUCAGGUAUUGCUCCGUUCGAAAGGAUGGAUUGUUCCAAACUACGAGCUCCCUCCAAGCAUGCAGGACGUGGAGAUUCUCCGGGUCGUCGUGCGCGAGAAUUUGUCUGAAGUGCUUAUUGAGAGUCUCAUCAACGACUUGAUCGAUAUUACCGAGGAUCUGAUCAAGCGCGACUCGCCGACUCAUGCUUUGGACAUUCUCGGUGCUUCCCAGGCGAAACAACAUCACGAGAAGGCACAUAGUAAACUUGAUGACGGGCACGGCAGUGCUUCCUCGGGAACCUACGCAAAGACAUGCUAGUUGUAUAAAUCAUGAAGGACAGUUACCAUUGUACAAAUACAAUCAAAGUGUUACUUUCUGU